UUUUCUUUCUCAAAACUCUUUUAGAUAUUUAAUCUCAACCACUUUGAAUUAUUAUCACAUGACAUUAUUACUUAUAAUUCUCUUUCCAGAAAACAUGUAUGUCAAUGAAAGAUAGAAAUAGAAUAGAAGAAACAUGAGACAGCCUGUUCUGUUGGAUUGGAUCCACAUUCUCACAUUCUUCUGAACCUCUUUCUUUAUGUUUUCCAUUCUAUGUGAAACAUCAUAGGGAAGAACAACAUAGACUUUUUAAGGAUCCAAAAAAGAGCUUUCAAACACUCUAACUCUAGCUAUGGAUCCAAGCUCUUAUCUUGAUCAUGCCCUUUUUCAACUCACCCCAACAAGAACAAGAUGUGACUUGGUGAUUGUUGGUGGAGGUGUUAGUGAAAGACUAGCUUCUGGGCUGUUAGAACCUUUUCUUUGUCACCUUAAGUUUGCAAAAGAUCAGAUUUCAAAAGGUGGCUAUUCCAUCACUCUACAACCAGUUUCAACAUAUGCUCCAUGGUUCACCAAAGCCACCUUGCAAAGGUUUGUUAGAUUUGUAAGCACACCAGAAGUUCUUGAGAGGUUUGUUACCAUAGAAAAGGAGAUUGUGCAGAUAGAAGGUUCAAUUCAAUCAAGUGACAAGAGCAACUUAGUGGAAGAGGCAGAAGGAAAUGUAUCAUAUGCGGACGGCCGUGUCAAAAGGUCAAAUAUUUCCUCCAAGAAAGGUGAAUCAAGUGGAACCAAUCAAGAUGGAUAUGAAGAGAAUUCCAGGGUACGCCUUCAUCGUGUUCUAGACAAUCGUAAAGCUAUGCUUUGCAAAGAACAAGCAAUGGCCUAUGCACGUGCUUUAGUAGCAGGAUUUUACCCCGAAUUUAUGGAUGAUCUUAUUUGUUUCGCCGAUGCUUUUGGGGCUUCACGUUUAAGGAAAGCAUGCUUAAAUUUCUUAGAGUUAUGCAAACAAAAGAAUGAAGACAAGCUAUGGAUGGAUGAAAUUGCAGCCAUGCAGGUGUCUUCUCAACCCGAAUUGCCUUACUUGAGGACAUCUGGAAUCAUACUUGCUGGUGAAGAUGACUCGGGUGGUAAACUAAACAGCUUAGUUGAUGCUUCCAUUUCUGAUUCAACCCCAAGCCAUGCAAGUUUGGAUAUUGGCCAAGAUUAUAGCUUGCCAACAUCGGGUCAAACACCAUCAUCAUUGGAUGGAAGGGCUCAAAUGCCAAUGUCUUGGCCGCCAAACCAUCAUCCGCAGUACAUUCACAAUUUUCAAGGUCAUGCAUUUCAACAAAUGCCUCCAUACCAAAGUUACAUGUAUCCUGGUAUGCAGGUUCCUUCUUCAUAUUAUCCUGGGAAUAUUCAAUGGUCUCCAAACAGUGAUCGCUCUCAUAUUGUACCGGACCAAGAAUCGGAUUCUCAUAAAUCAUCCUAUAGGAAGAAGAACAAGAAGAAAAACAAACAAUCUCAAGUACUGGAGCACUCUGAAGAAGACGAGUCAAGUGCAUCGUCUGAGUCUACUGAUGAGAGUGAUUCAGAUGACCUUUCAAGGCAAAGCAAGAAGAAGUCUUCAACGGAGCGUCUGCACAAAAAGAAGCAUGGAAAGAAGUCCUCAAGGAAAGUAGUUAUACGUAAUAUAAACUAUAUAACCUCAAAUGGAGACGGUAAUAACAGUAGUAUCACAGAGGGAAGUUUAUCCAAUGAGGAAGAAUUUAUCAAUGGAGAUUCCUUGAAACACAAGUCAUCCUCACUUCGCCAUAAGAAACAACAUAGUGCAAAGCACCAUGGAAUGCUAAAUGGUUCAACCGAUGCCGAUUCCAAUGGCCUAAAAGGCAACAACAACUGGGAUGCUUUCCAGAAUCUUCUUUUGAGAGAUGAUGAUGAUUCUACUAAUGAUACAGAAAAUCAGUCUAUGAAGUUUCAGGAAGAAUAUAUUAUGAACAAGAAUUUUGAAGAUGGAAGGUCAAAUGGAUUUAACCACAAUGCGGACGUCACUAAAACUCGAGUAGUUUCAAAUGAUUCCUUUGUUGUGACAGAGAGGGAAUUUAACAGUAAGAGUCAAGAUCGUGUUGAAUACUUCAAAGAAGGGAAGGAUGGACCUUCAUUUAUGCAGAAAAAGAAAAGUUCUAAUGAGGAGUUAUUAUUUUGUCAGAGAAACGAAGAAUCGGGUAGCUAUUCUGUGUCAAAUGUGAAUCAACACCAAGAUUUGAGUAUCUUUAAUGGCGUUUCCAUUUCAUCUUCAGCUACAGAUUGUUUACAUGUAGAGAAAAACAAUAAAGAUAUUUUGGCUGAUGACUCUUUCAUGAUUCAAGCUCGACGGCCAUCACAAGAUCAAUUCAACUCUCAAUCAGCUGCUGAUAUAAGUCUGGUUUCAGACAUUGUCGGUGCUGCUGAAUUCACAAACAAAACACAAGAAAGCUCACACAAGAAGACUGAAAAAUUAACUUCUCAGGAGCCAGAUGAUCUCUUCAUGAUUCUUGAUCGCGAUUCAGCAGUCGAGCAAAAUGCAGCACCAUUGAGCAUGGAAAUGGACUAUGAAAAUAACAUUUCAUCAAAAGAAACAAAUAAAAAGCUUUCUGAAAUUGAAACCGAUAGAAAAAAUCAAUUGUCUAAUCGUGAAGGCGCCAAUAAGAAAACUACUGGAGUGAAAACUGGGAAAGUUACAAGUAAAGAUGCAAAAUCAAAGGCUCCAAAUACAUCUCUUGUGAAAAGCAAAUCUGAUACCAUGUCAAGAAGUAGAGCAUUGCCUGGAAGCAAAACUACCAUUACAAAGAGCAAAUCCGGGAAGGAAGAAGAAAAUAGAAAGCGAAGGGAGGAACUAAUGAUCCAACGACAGAACAGAAUUGCCGAAAGAAGCGCCUCUAAGAAGACUGUAAUGGAAACUAAGAAAGGGAAUCCUAAGAUUCAUCCAUCUAAUGAAGAGACUAAUAAGAAAUUGAACAAACCAGUCCAUAGGAGUUCAACCAUCGAUCGCCUUUCGACUGCCCGAGUAACUCAGCAGAAGGUUUCCCCGAAUCAAGCAAAAUCAGUUCCAACCAAAAAACCUUUGCAGAAGACUCCUGCACCAGAAAAGAAGAAACAGCUCCAAAAAGAAGUCAAAUCUUCAAAUCAUAAAGAAGAUGCACGUAAAACAAAAGUGAAAGUUCUUUCUGAUACUAAUGCACAGACUAAGAAUGAAAUAGAAGCCUCAGUAGUGUUGCCAACCAAAUCUGAUGCGACACAAAAUGUCGAACCAAACAACAAUACUAUUGAUUUGAAAGACAAUGGAGAGCUUUCGAAUGCUUCAAGAUAUUUGACUUCAGAAAGAGAUAUCAUGCAUGAAGAAGUAUCAAACAAGUUAUCUUCACUGCCUAGUGAAAACCAACCUCAAUAUAACACCGACAUGAUCCCAACUUCUACAGAUGCAUUGCCUAGCAAACCAUUAAUAUUUACUCCUGAGAGAUCAAAGGUUAAUCAGAAAAUAGAUGAGAGUAAUGUUACUCCUCCUAAAGUCUCAGAAAUACAAAUUUCUACACCUCCACCUAGUAACCAAGUGAUGCAAGAAUCAAUCCAAACCAGGAAGAAAUGGAUCAAUGAGGAGGCGGACACUUCGAAAGCAGCGAAAGGAUUCCGUAAGCUUCUUUUCUUUGGAAGAAGGAGUUGAAGCACCUUUGUGGAUUAUUAUAUUUUUUUGGCGAAAGGUUUCUCAACAUUCUUCUGAAAUGUGAAGGGAAGUUAUCAGUUAUUUUUAUCCAUGCUUUUGGUUUUUCAAUAUUUCAAAAGAGAGUUUAUACUUUGUCUGUUCUUGUCUCAACAGAGAGUGUUUGGCACAUUGAAUGAUCGGUUGUUUUUCGAAAAAUUGUACUCCCUCUUGUCUCAAAAUAUGCAAAAAUGAGUUAAAGAAGUUGAUGUCUUUGGUCCAAAAUAUUGUAUCAGAUACAUCAACUUUUUUUGAUAUAUUUUUGUUUAUAUUUUAUGACAGAGUUGUAGAUAGUUUUCAGGUUAUCACACAUUAUAAGAAUAAGGCAAUGGUGAUUGGAAUUGCUAUCAUACUAAGAAUGGAUAUUAGGGGUAAUAAAUUGUCCAUGAUAGAACUCUAUACACUUUGAUGUCAAAAGGCUCAAAACCUAUUUCAUUGUAUUUGUAAAUCAUAUUGAAAUUGUGAUGUUUGGUUGUGAAUUGCUCUCUAUGAAGUGUGAAUCUUCACAUUAUCAUAAU